AUGCGUGGGGAGGAUCAAUUUAUUAUGGAUUCGUUGUCCCCUUUUACAGCAAUAAGCCCUAUUGAUGGUAGAUAUAGAAAUAAAACUUUUGAGCUAUCCGAAUACUUUUCCGAAUUUGGUUUGAUGAAAUCUAGAGUAUUUGUCGAGAUUGAAUGGCUGAUAUACCAAGUAAAGAUCGGAAUCACACCUAUCGAUGUUCUCUCUGAAGAAGACAUGGAAUUCAUAACUUCUAUCAAGAAUUUGUCUAUUCAACAGUUUGUUGAAAUUAAAAAUCACGAAAAAAUUACACUACACGAUGUUAAAGCUGUUGAAUACUAUAUAAAGGAUAAACUUAGAAAUAGCAACAAUCGCAAAUUAAAACAAUUAGUUGAGAAUGUACAUUUUUUGGUUACGAGUGAAGAUAUAAAUUCACCUUCAUAUUCACUUACAAUUAAACAUUCUAUAGAAAAAGUGAUAAGACCAGAAUUGGCAAAGGUCAUAGAAAAAUUGACAUCUAUUGCUACAAAUUAUGCAGAAGACCCGCUUUUGGCAUUGACUCACGGACAACCUGCCACACCUACUACAGUUGGAAAAGAAAUGGCCAUAUAUGUGAAACGCUUAAGUGAUCAAUUGAAAAAUAAUCUUGAUAAGUUGAAAUAUUAUGGCAAAUUUGGAGGAGCAACAGGGAAUUACAAUGCACACGCAUUUAUUUAUCCUGAUAAGAAUUGGCCGGAACUAUGCGAUAUGUUUGUCGAGGAGCAUCUUGGACUAUCAUAUUCUUCGUAUACAACACAAUCAGAAUCUCAUGAUUUUAUAUCUCUAAUAUGCGAUACAAUAUCUAGAAUAAAUUCAAUAAUUUGUGAUCUAUCGGUUGAUAUGUGGCUAUAUAUAUCAAGAAAUGUGAUAGUAUUGAAAACGGAAAAGGGACAAGUUGGAAGUAGUACAAUGCCACAUAAGAUUAAUCCCUAUCAGUUUGAAAAUGCCGAGGGGAAUUCUGAAAUAUCAAUCGCAAUUUUACAAUUCCUAAGUCGCAAACUAUUGAGAAGUAGGCUUCAGAGGGAUCUGAGUGAUUCAACAUGCCUUAGAAAUAUUGGCGUUGCAUUCGCUCAUACUUUGGUAUCAUUAAAAUCUUUAAAUUCCGGACUGGAUAAAAUUUGUAUAAAUAAAGACCAGCUUCAGAAUGAAUUAGACAAAAAUUGGUCUGUUUUAGCUGAGCCUUUCCAACUAUGUUUAAAGAAAAGCGGAAUUAACGUUGCUUUUGAGAAAGUCCAGAGCUUAUUCAUGGGAAAAAGUGUACAAAAAUCUAAUAUAAAAAAUAUUAUUCAUGAGCUGUGCCAAGGUGACACUAAACUUGAGGAUAAAUUGUCAAAAUUGACACCUCAGAAUUAUAUCGGAUACUCACCUGAAUUAGCCAAGAAAGUAUCAGAUUCAUAUAACAUCCAAUAUGACUAUAAUAUGUACGUCUAA